AUCAUGUUCCGUUCACAGCGUGAAGUAAUUUCGAUACAGGUCGGACAGGCCGGGUGCCAGAUUGGGAAUGCUUGCUGGCAGUUGCUCACUACGGAGCACGGAGUGCAGCCGGACGGGAUGAUGGAACCCAACACGAAAGUGGAGGAAAACAUGGCGACGUUCUUUCAAGACACCCAAACCGGACGCGUCGUUCCACGCAGCAUUUUUAUAGAUUUGGAGGAGUCCGUCAUCGAUGAUAUUCGCAAAGGACCCUGCAAACAGUUGUAUCAUCCGCAGUACAUGAUCACGGGAAAGGAGGAUGCGGCCAAUAACUUCGCCCGUGGACACUAUACCGUUGGCAAACAAAUCAUCGAGCAGGUCUCGGGCACAAUGCGCAAGCUAUCGGAACAGUGUGACGGACUGGAAGGAUUCCUUAUAUUCAACUCCUUCGGCGGUGGCACCGGCUCAGGAUUCACUUCGCUAUUGCUCGACCAAAUAGCGACGAAUUACGGCAAAAAGUGCAAGCUACAGUUCGCCGUCUAUCCGUCCCCGCUGAUCUCCACGUCGGUGGUCGAACCGUACAACAGCGUGCUGUGUACACACGCAUCGAUGAAUACAUCAGACUGUUGUUUCAUUAUGGACAACGAGGCCACGUACAGUAUUUGCUCGAAGACGCUGCAAAUCGAUCGCCCUCACUACACGGACCUAAAUGCGCUGGUGGCGCAGGUUGUGUCCUCGACGACGGCUUCGCUGCGCUUCAAGGGCACGAUAAACGUCGAUUUGAAUGAGUUUCAAACGAACCUGGUACCGUACCCGCGUGUGCACUAUCCGCUCGUGUCCUACGCGCCACUAGUGUCCGCAUCGAAGGUAUCGCACGAGAGUAGCUCGGUGGCGGAAAUCACAAAUGCCUGCUUUACGUCCGAGAACACUAUGGUAAAGUGUGACCCUCGAAUGGGCAAAUACAUGGCUUGCUGCAUGCUGUUCCGGGGGGACAUCAUGCCGAAAGAUACCAAUGAAGCGGUGGCCGCGAUUAAAACCAAGCGUCACAUCAAUUUUGUCGAUUGGUGUCCUACGGGUUUUAAGAUUGGCAUCAACCAGCAAGCACCAUUCGUACUUCCUGGAAGUGAUCUGGCGAGACCCAAGCGGGCCGUCUGUAUGCUUUCGAAUUCGACCGCCAUCUCGACGGCGUGGGCCAGGCUCAACUACAAAUUCGAUGUGAUGUAUCGGAAGCGGGCCUUCGUGCAUUGGUAUGUUGGCGAAGGCAUGGAGGAGGGCGAAUUUUCAGAGGCCCGAGAAGAUUUAGCCUGCCUCGAGCGGGACUACGAUGAGGUGGCCGGCGAUACGCUAUCGGAACAGUGUGACGGACUCCAAGGAUUCCUUAUAUUCAACUCCUUCGGCGGUGGCACCGGCUCAGGAUUCACUUCGCUACUGCUCUACCAAAUAGCGACGAAUUACGGUAAAAAGUGUAAGCUUCAGUUCGCCGUCCAUCCGGCCCCGCUGAUCUCCACCAUUGUAAUGGAUAAUGCCAACUAA